CCGAAUCCCAUUUCUGAUACAUAAACCCUAUUCGAAUCAAAACCUUAGGGUUUUAGUCGGUCCUUGAACGCAGAGUGACAGAGAGAGAAGCGGACAAGGUUAUUGCAAUGGCUUUCUUAAGUAAAAUUGGGAAUAUACUCAGACAGACUGCAAACAAGCAGAUCAGAUCUGAAUUAUCUCCUUUCAAACUGUCCAUCCAUCAAGCAGUAAGAUGCAUGUCAAGCAUGGCGAGUUCAAAACUCUUUAUUGGAGGUGUUGCGUACCAGACAGAUGAGCAGAGUCUGAGGGAAGCUUUUGCAAAAUAUGGUGAAGUUAUUGAUGCAAGAAUCAUCAGUGACCGUGAAACUGGUAGAUCUAGAGGAUUUGGGUUCAUCACUUUCACCAGUAGCGAGGAGGCAUCCAGUGCCAUCCAGGCCUUGGAUGGGCAGGAGCUUCAUGGCCGCCGAGUAAGGGUGAAUUAUGCUACUGAUAGGCCUCGCCCUAACUUCGGUGAUGGCGGCUACAGCGGAGGUGGUGGAGGUUAUGGCGGUGGUGGUGGUUACGGUGGCGGUGGUGGUGGUUAUGGUGGCGGCGGUAGUUAUGGCGGUGGUGGUUAUGGUGGUGGGAACACUGGUGGAGGAUAUGGUGGAAGUGGAGGUGGCUACAGCAGUGGUGGUAAUUAUCCAAGUGGAAACACUUUUGAAACUGCUAGCACUGGAGGUGCUUUUGGCAAUAGCAGCAAUUUUGGUGUUGCUGGCGGUGUUGGUGGUGCUGAUGACUUUGUUGGCGGUGCUGACAACAGCUUUGGCAGUGGUGGAGCUCAAUUGGGAGAGAACAAAGGUGGUUUCAGCUUGGAUGAUCCAUUGGAAGGAAAUGAUGGGGAUGACAUUGACGGCGGCAACUUUUGCAAGAGGGCUUGAUUAUAUUUAGAUGAGGAGCAAUUUAGUUUGCUUCUCCGCAGAGCUACUAGUAGAUUGUCUUUUUGUUACAGCUGAAUAUUCCCCCUCCCUGUCUUCCUGAACUAUUAAUUUCGUUUGUCGGAUUUUUCUGUGAAUUUCAUGCACCUUUUAGCUUGCUUUGUCAACUAAGGACCUGGAUUGUGGAAAUAAUUGUGAUUCAUGGUC